UACUACACAUAUACGUAAUGGUGCUACAAUAUUAUGUGAAGUAUCACAAUUAGCUAAUGAUUGGUACACAAUUUACAAAAUCGGUCAUAAUCUUAGACAAAAUGGCUUUCCUAUCGUUUCGGCAAAAACUCCAUCACGUCGUGACACCGAGAAACUUUUUAAUUCCUUAAUUUCUCCGAGAGCCGCUUAUCUUUCUCACCCACGCCGCUCGCCUCUUGAACUGCAAACUGAACCUGAAC